AUGUCGUUGCCUUCAGCUCCAGCAGAAGUGCGGGCCGCAGAGUGGCUGGACCUUCUCUUAUCAGGCCUUAGUUCCAACAUCCACAAGGUGGGUCCUGAUAGCCUUAGGGCUAGUGACAAAGCCCCUCGCCUCGCCGACCGUACCGGGCGCCCGACGACCGGCCGGGACGCCAACUCGGCCCGGCGGGACCCUCCCCCGACUCGGAGGGGGGAGGCGCGGGACGCGGUAGGCCAAGAGGAGCGGGCGCCGCCGCUCGGCACACCCCCGCCGCGGGGGCUCGAACGGCGGACCCUCCGGCUACCGGUGGGGCGCGCAGAGGCGGAAGGAGGGGCGGCGGACCCAAGGGGACCGAACGCACCCUCUCGGAUCGCUAGAGAAGGCUUCCUCCGCCGAGGGGGCGCCACCCCCGAAGCCCUAGGCGAGCGACACCCGUCCGUGUGUGCCGAGCCCGCGGGGGGACCCGCCGUCCCCCCGCCACGGCAGCUCGGCCAGCGGCCCCCGCCCGCCAGGACGAGGGGCCGGCUCUCCCCCCAACGAGGAGAAGGGGGAAAGCAACGACGGGCUCGGGGAGGCCUAUCUUUAAGAGGCCCCGGUCGCCCCCGAGGGGACCCCGCCGACACAACGGCACCCACCACUGUCGCUCACGCGCCCGCAACGCCGUGGGACUAUGCUGGCUGCGUGCGGGCACGCGCCCGGGGCCGGCCGCCGCAGGACGGCAGCCCGACACCCCCAUCAUCGCCAAAGCUCGACCGCCUCGACCCCCCCCCGAGCGGUCCUCGGGGGAGAACGACCACCAAACGCCGUGCCGGAGCGCGGGUAAGGUCAGUGAGGAAAGCCCAGUUCGACACGGGAAAGCACAGCGCCAGGGAACGGGAAGCGACACCACCAACUCGGCCUCGGGCACCUGACGGACGACCUGGAGCGCUCCAGGGGCACCACCGAAGACCGGGUGGAAGCGCGGCAACGGCGCGACACCGGGCGGCCCCCCUAACACCUCCGCCGCGGAGGCGGGGGAGCCGGCUCAAGAAGACCACCACGCGAGGGCUGUCUGCUGCGUCAGAGGGACCCCGGCCCUCAGCGAAGAGAGCGGGGUCGGGCCGGAUUCCGCACCCCUGCGCCCACCCACGACACACCCGGUGCGGGGAGAAGCGAGGGGCCCGCUGGCAGAGCGAGAAGAUCGGUCCCAUUCGCCAUGAAUGUCCGUCCGUCCCUCGUCUGGCGCGGCUUAGGCCCGGCCCAGGAGAGCGCGACACCACCACAUCGAUCAGUUUGGGGGGGCUAGGAGGAGCGACCUCGCACGGCCCCCGGGCCUCCGGAGAGGCAGAGAGAAAAGAUGCGAACCCCCCCUUAAGGGGGAAGGAACGCCCCCCGAGGGGAGGCGGGCAGAGGACAAAACAACCCACGUCCCGCGGUGGGAGAGGUGAGGAGCCCGUUUCAGCCUCGAACCCGCCUCGCCACUCAGGGCCAGACCACUGGGCACCGGACAGGAGAACGCUCCCCCCCAGGAGCGAGAGCGCCUGA